CGCCGCCGGUUGACGUCGCCGCAGUGCCGCUGGCCUCCGCUGCUGCCCGGGCUCUGCUCCUCCGCCCUAUGGGCGUCCGAGGCUACCGGCGGCGGAGCUGGAGCUGCGCAAGCUGAGGGUGCGGGCAUCGACGGAGGUCCCGGCUCGGGCCUGCCGCGCCGUCAGACUUAAGAUGAAACGCUACAGAAGGGCCUCCGGAAGUGGAAAGAUAAACAACAUUGAAGAUUAAAAAAUAUGUUGUGCCUUUAGAUGUUCUGGAAAAAUAUCAGUAAUGGAUCAAAGGAAGAAUGACAGCAUUGUCCCCAGUAUCACGCAAUUAGAAGAUUUUCUUACAGAACACAAUUCCAAUGUUGUUUGGCUUCUUGUUGCUACCAUUUUGUCUUGUGGAUGGAUUAUUUAUCUCACCUACUAUAAUUCUCGGAAUGUUGGUCUUAUUUUAACACUGGUCCUUAAUAGAUUGUAUAAACAUGGCUAUAUCCAUAUUGGUUCCUUCUCUUUCUCUGUUCUUUCUGGCAAAGUCAUGGUUCGUGAAAUAUAUUACAUUACAGAAGAUAUGUCUAUUAGGAUUCAAGAUGGAUUUAUCAUUUUUCGGUGGUGGAAAAUGUAUAACCCAAAGCAGAAACAACAUGAUCCAAAGGCAGAAACCAGAUUAUAUAUCACAGUUAAUGACUUUGAAUUUCAUGUCUACAAUCGUUCGGAUCUUUAUGGACGUCUUCAAGAGUUGUUUGGUUUGGAACCAACUAUAAUUCCACCCAAGAAGGAUGAUGAUAAGACACGGGAAAAUGGAAGAACAAGAACUCAAUCCAAAAUUGAAAGAGUUAAAGUAAAAACAGAGUCUCAAGACCCCACAUCUUCGUGGAGAUCACUUAUCCCAGUUAUUAAGGUCAACGUGAGCACAGGACGUUUGGCCUUUGGGAAUCAUUACCAACCUCAGACUCUGUGCAUCAACUUUGAUGAUGCUUUCUUAACUUACACUACAAAACCACCUUCAAGUCAUCUUGACCAGUUCAUGCACAUUGUGAAAGGAAAGCUUGAAAAUGUUCGAGUAAUGCUUGUUCCUAGUCCAAGAUAUGUUGGUCUACAAAAUGAUGAACCACCAAGACUAAUGGGAGAGGGUUUUGUGGUGAUGCAGUCAAAUGAUGUUGACAUCUACUAUUAUAUGGAUGAGCCAGGACUUGUUCCAGAAGAAACAGAAGAGAGUCUAGAAGGAGAAAUAAGCAGUGAAGAUUGCAAAUUACAAGACUUACCUCCAUGCUGGGGAUUAGAUAUUGUCUGUGGUAAAGGAACAGAUUUUAAUUAUGGACCCUGGGCUGACAGACAGAGAGAUUGUUUAUGGAAGUUUUUCUUUCCACCUGACUAUCAAGUUCUGAAAGUUUCUGAGAUCGCACAGCCUGGGAGGCCAAGACAGAUCCUUGCAUUUGAACUACGAAUGAAUAUUAUUGCAGAUGCUACCAUUGACUUGCUGUUUACUAAAAACAGGGAAACAAAUGCUGUACAUGUAAAUGUAGGGGCCGGCUCAUAUUUAGAAAUUAAUAUUCCAAUGACAGUUGAAGAAAAUGGUUACACCCCUGCAAUUAAAGGACAACUAUUACAUGUUGAUGCUACUACCAGCAUGCAGUAUCGAACCCUGUUAGAAGCAGAAAUGUUAGCAUUUCACAUCAAUGCCAGCUACCCCAGAAUUUGGAACAUGCCACAGACCUGGCAGUGUGAAUUAGAGGUUUAUAAAGCCACCUACCACUUCAUCUUUGCACAGAAGAACUUCUUUACAGAUCUGAUUCAAGACUGGUCUAGUGAUAAUGCUCCAGAUAUUUUUUCAUUUGUUCCAUACACAUGGAAUUUUAAAAUCAUGUUUCAUCAAUUUGAAAUGAUUUGGGCUGCCAAUCAACAUAACUGGAUUGACUGUUCCACUAAACAACAGGAAAAUGUAUAUCUGGCAGCCUGUGGGGAAACAUUGAACAUUGAUUUUUCUUUGCCUUUUACGGACUUUGUUCCAGCUACAUGUAAUACCAGAUUCUCCUUAAAAGGAGAAGAUGUUGAUCUUCAUUUAUUUCUACCAGAUUGCCACCCUAGCAAAUACUCAUUAUUUAUGCUGGUAAAGAACUGUCACCCAAAUAAAAUGGUUCCUGAAACUGGUAUUCCUGCUGAGUGCCAGAGUGGCCAGAAAACAGUUAAACCAAAAUGGCGCAACAUUACUCAGGAAAAGGCUGGUUGGGUUGAAUGCUGGACUGUCCCAAGUGUCAUGCUUACCAUUGAUUAUACGUGGCAUCCAAUUUAUCCACAAAAAGCAGAUGAACAGCUGAAACAGUCAUUGUCAGAAAUGGAAGAAACAAUGCUAUCUGUAUUAAGGCCAGCCCAGAAAACAUCAGAGAGAGUUGUUUCUUCUCCAUCUACUUCACCACGCCCUCCUGUUGAUCCCUCUGAACUUCCACCUGAUAAACUUCAUGUAGAAAUGGAACUGUCCCCAGAUUCUCAGAUAACUCUCUAUGGACCGCUCUUAAACGCCUUUUUGUGUAUAAAGGAGAACUACUUUGGAGAAGAUGACAUGUAUAUGGAUUUUGAAGAGGCUGUCUCCAGCCCUGUCCUGUCACUGUCAACGUCCUCCAGUUCUGGGUGGACCGGGGUUGGAGUGGACAGUGACAAAAAAGAAAAUGAAAGUUCAACCAAGUCGAUUCAUCCACUUGCCUUGCGUCCCUGGGAUAUUACAGUGCUUGUUAAUUUGUAUAAAGUUCAUGGGCGUCUUCCUGUGCAUGGAACUACUGAUGGUCCCGAAUGCCCAACAGCAUUCUUGGAAAGACUGUGUUUUGAAAUGAAAAAAGGAUUCAGGGAGACCAUGCUGCAGCUUGUCCUGUCACCCUUGAAUGUGUUUGUCAGUGAUAACUAUCAGCAGCGACCACCUGUGGAUGAGGUACUCAGGGAAGGUCACAUAAAUUUGUCAGGUCUCCAGCUGAGAGCACAUGCUAUGUUCUCAGCAGAAGGUCUUCCCUUAGGAAGUGACUCCUUAGAGUACGCAUGGCUGAUUGAUGUGCAGGCUGGAAACCUUACAGCUAAAGUCACAGCCCCACAGCUGGCAUGUCUCUUAGAAUGGGGACAGACGUUUGUUUUUCAUGUGGUAUGUCGGGAGUAUGAACUGGAAAGACCAAAGUCAGUAAUAAUAUGCCAGCAUGGAAUUGAUCGUCGGGUCUGUGAAUCUAAGUUGAGUUGUAUUCCUGGUCCUUGUCCAACAUCAGAUGAUUUAAAAUACACCAUGACUCGUUUAGCAGUAGAUGGAGCUGAUAUUUAUAUUGUGGAACAUGGUUGUGCUACAAAUAUAAAGAUGGGUGCAAUUCGGGUGGCAAAUUGUAACCUCCAUAACCAGUCAGUUGGGGAAGGAAUAAGUGCUGCAAUUCAGGACUUUCAAGUGAGACAGUAUAUUGAACAAUUAAAUAACUGCAGAAUUGGACUUCAGCCAGCGGUGCUACGGAGAGCCUACUGGCUGGAAGCUGGGUCAGCCAACUUAGGUCUAAUAACAGUUGAUGUUGCAUUAGCUGCUGAUCACCAUUCUAAACAUGAGGCACAAAGACAUUUCUUGGAAACUCACGAUGCCAGAACUAAAAGGUUGUGGUUUUUGUGGCCAGAUGAUACCUUGAAGAAUAAGAGGUGCAGAAACAAGUGUGGCUGUCUUGGUGGUUGCAGAUUCUUUGGUGGCACAGUUACUGGCCUAGAUUUCUUCAAACUUGAAGAGCUGACACCUUCAAGUAGCUCUGCAUUUUCAAACAUAACUGCGGAAUCCGAUAUGUAUUAUGGCCAGUCUUUGCUGCAGCCUGGAGAGUGGAUCAUUACUAAAGAAAUCCCUAAAACUGUAGAUGGUAAUGUGAAUGGUACAAAGAGGAAGGAAUGGGAAAACAAAUCAGUGGGAAUAGAAGUGGAGAGGAAAGCUCAGCACCUUAGUCUUCAGGUGCCCUUACGGUCCCACAGUUCAUCCUCUUCCUCAGAGGAGAACAGCAGCUCCAGCGCUGCGCAGCCCUUGCUGGCUGCUGAGAAGGAAAGCCCCUCUUCUGUCGCUGAGGACCACUUGGCUCAGAAAGAUUUCUUACAUGGUACCAAAAGAGAUGAUGGCCAAGCAAGUAUUCCUACAGAAAUUUCAGGAACCAGUCCUGUAUCUCCUAACACCCAAGACAAGUCAGUAGGACAGUCUCCUCUUCGAUCUCCUUUGAAGCGGCAAGCCUCUGUGUGUUCCACCCGACUUGGUAGUACUAAGAGCCUCACUGCUGCUUUUUAUGGAGACAAACAGCCUGUUACAGUUGGAGUCCAGUUUAGUAGUGAUGUCUCUCGAAGUGAUGAGAAUGUGCUAGACUCACCAAAACAGAGGAGAAGUUUUGGUUCAUUCCCAUACACACCAUCAGCUGACUCUAAUUCAUUUCAUCAGUAUCGGUCAAUGGAUUCCAGUAUGUCAAUGGCUGAUAGUGAAGCCUACUUCUCUGCAGCUGAAGAGUUUGAGCCCAUUAGCAGUGAUGAAGGUCCUGGAACUUACCCUGGUAGAAAAAAGAAGAAAAAGCAAAUGCAACAGAUUGACUACAGUAGGGGUUCCAUAUAUCACAGUGUAGAAGGACCACUUACUGUUCAUGGAGAAAGCAUUACAGACCCCCGAACUCUUCCAUUCAAAACUCAUCCUUCGCAGGCUUCCUUUGUUUCUGCAUUAGGUGGUGAAGAUGAAGUCAUAGAACAUCUGUACGUUGUGGAAGGUGAGAAAACAGGAGAGAGUGAGCAGAUCACGUCUCAACAGCCUGUGAUGAAUUGCUAUCAGACUUACCUUACUCAGUUUCAGGUAAUUAACUGGUCUGUUAAACAUCCUACCAACAAAAGAACCUCCAAGUCCUCAUUGCAUCGCCCUCUUGACCUAGAUACUCCAACCAGUGAAGAAAGCUCAUCAUCAUUUGAACAACUUUCUGUUCCGACAUUUAAGGUCAUCAAACAGGGACUCACUGCUAAUUCUUUGCUAGACAGAGGGAUGCAACUUUCAGGAUCAACUUCAAACACACCAUAUACUCCAUUAGACAAGAAAAUUAUUGAUAAUACAGAUGAUGAAACAUUAACAGAAGAGUGGACUCUGGACCAGCCUGUUGCUCAGACCAAGACAACAGCCAUUGUUGAAGUAAAAGGAACUGUUGAUGUUGUUCUGACUCCACUGGUGGCUGAAGCCUUAGACAGAUAUAUUGAAGCUAUGGUUCACUGUGCUAGUACCCGGCACCCAGCUGCAAUUGUAGAUGAUCUUCACACCAAAGUCCUUAGAGAAGCUGUCCAAAAUAGUAAGACUACCUUCUCAGAAAAUUUGUCCCCUAAGCAAGAUGUUCGAGGAACAAAAACUGAGCAUCCUGUGAUAGGAACAACUAACCAGGGACAAAUUCAGACAAAUGUUACAACAAAGCAAGAUAAUGUGACAAUUAAAGGUCUGCAGGCUAAUGUGAGCAUACCAAAGGUAAUAACUGACUCUCCCAUGGCAGCCGAAACUGUAGAUUAUCGAAGACAAGGAACAUCAUCUAGCCAGCCAGGAGAACCCAGAGGAAGAAAGAUUAUGAAGCGUUUAGUGGACAUCAGAGAACUGAAUGAACAGGCGAAAGUCAUAGAUGAUCUUAAAAAAUUGGGUGCAAGUGAAGGAACCAUAAACCAGGAAAUUCAGCGUUACCAACAGCUGGAGUCUGUGGCUGUGAAUGACAUCCGAAGAGAUGUUCGUAAAAAGUUACGGAGAUCCAGUAUGCGAGCUGCUUCCCUCAAGGAUAAGUGGGGUUUAGGUUACAAACCAAGUUAUAGCCGAUCAAAGAGCAUUUCAGCCUCCGGAAGACCACCUCUUAAGAGAAUGGAAAGAGCAAGUUCUCGAAUAGGAGAAACUGAUGAACUUCCAGAAAUCCGUGUGGAUGCGGCAUCUCCUGGACCCAGAGUAACUUUUAACAUCCAGGAUACAUUGAAAAACACAGUGUGGGGAAGUUCACCACAGCCCAGCUCUCCAGGGGAAGGGUACUUUCAGUUUCCAGAGGAGACAGAACUGGAUCUUUUGUCAGUAACUAUUGAAGGUCCAUCGCAUUACUCAUCAAACAGUGAAGGAUCAUGCUCGGUGUUCAGCUCUCCCAAAACCACAGGAAGCUUUUCACCAAAUGUCCCUUUCCAAUCCGAAGAUGGCCGACGGGAUGACAGUCUGUCUUCUACCAGCGAAGACUCUGAAAAGGAUGAGAAAGAUGAAGACCGUGAGAGGGAAAGAUUCUAUAUUUAUAGGAAGCCCUCACAUACCUCUCGUAAGAAAGCCACAGGCUUUGCUGCUGUUCAUCAACUUCUUACUGAACGCUGGCCUACAACACCAGUCAACCGAAGUCUUAGUGGCACAGCUACUGAGAGAAAUAUUGACUUUGAACUUGAUAUACGGGUAGAAAUUGACAGUGGGAAAUGUGUCCUCCACCCGACCACUCUUUUGCAGGAGCAUGAUGAUAUAAGUUUAAGAAGGAGUUAUGAUCGAAGUUCUAGGAGUUUAGAUCAAGAUUCUCCUUCAAAAAAGAAAAAAUUUCAAACUAAUUAUGCUUCUACCACUCAUUUAAUGACGGGCAAGAAAGUGCCAUCCUCUCUACAGACAAAGCCCAGUGACUUAGAAACAACAGUGUUUUAUAUUCCUGGAGUGGACGUAAAGUUGCAUUACAAUUCUAAGACAUUAAAGACUGAAUCACCUAAUGCCUCCAGAGGAUCUUCCUUGCCUAGAACACUCUCCAAAGAGUCCAAGUUGUAUGGUAUGAAAGAUAACGCAGCAUCUCCUUCUUCUCCUCCUUUACCUUGCACUGUCCAGAGCAAGACUAACACCUUACUUCCUCCCCAACCCCCACCUCUUCCCUCAGCCAAAGGAAAAGGCAGUGGAGGAGUAAAAACAGCCAAGCUCUAUGCUUGGGUAGCACUUCAGUCAUUACCAGAAGAAAUGGUUAUUAGCCCUUGUCUAUUGGACUUUCUGGAGAAGGCUCUGGAAACUAUCCCAAUUACACCAAUUGAAAGGAAUUAUACAGCAGUCAGUUCACAAGAUGAAGAUAUGGGACAUUUUGAAAUCCCAGAUCCUAUGGAAGAAUCAACAACAUCCCUAGUGUCAUCUUCAACGUCUGCUUACUCUUCCUUCCCUGUAGAUGUUGUGGUUUAUGUUCGAGUUCAGCCUUCACAGAUCAAAUUUAGUUGUUUGCCAGUAUCAAGAGUAGAGUGCAUGCUGAAGCUGCCAUCCCUGGACUUGGUUUUUUCUUCAAACCGAGGAGAACUAGACACUUUGGGGACUACAUACCCUGCAGAGAUCUUGUCCCCUGGUGGUAAUGCUCCUCAGAGUGGGACAAAGACCUCUGCUAGCAAAGCUGGAAUACCAGGCUCAUCAGGAUUAGGCAGCCCGCUUGGCAGAAGUCGACACAGUAGCAGUCAGUCAGAUCUCACUGGCUCCAGCAGCAGCUCAUCUGGCCUGAGCUUCACUGCAUGCAUGUCUGACUUUUCCCUGUACGUGUUUCACCCCUAUGGUGCAGGGAAGCAGAAGUCCACCGUUUCUGGUCUUACAUCUGGAUCCGGAGGACUAGGAAAUGUAGAUGAAGAACCUACGUCAGUCACUGGUCGAAAAGACUCAUUAAGUAUAAACCUUGAGUUUGUAAAAGUGAGCUUGUCUCGGAUAAGGCGCUCAGGAGGUGCCUCAUUUUUUGAAAGUCAGUCUGUAAGCAAGUCUGCAAGCAAAAUGGACACUACAUUGAUCAAUAUAUCUGCUGUGUGUGAUAUAGGGUCUGCUUCAUUUAAGUAUGAUAUGCGCCGACUCAGUGAAAUUUUGGCGUUUCCAAGAGCCUGGUACAGGAGAAGUAUUGCAAGGCGCCUGUUCCUUGGAGACCAAACUGUAAAUUUGCCAACAUCUGGUCCAGGGACUCCUGAUUCCAUUGAAGGGGUUAGCCAGCACCUUUCUCCUGAGUCAUCAAGGAAAGCAUACUGCAGGACCUGGGAUCAGCCAAGUCAGUCAGCCUCUUUCACUCAUAUGCCUCAGUCACCCAACGUGUUCAAUGAGCACAUGACCAAUAGUACCAUGUCACCAGGGUCAGCAGCACAGAACCUCAAGUCCCCAGCUUCCAUAAGAUCAAGGAGUGUGUCAGACUCUUCAGUUCCUCGAAGAGAUUCAAUUUCCAAAACAUCAACGCCUGUUAACAAAUCAAACAAAGCAGCAAGCCAGCAAGGGACUCCAUGGGAGACACUUGUUGUAUUCGCUAUCAACUUGAAACAACUAAAUGUUCAAAUGAAUAUGAGUAAUGUCAUGGGAAAUACAACUUGGACAACUAGUGGUUUGAAAAGCCAAGGCCGGCUUUCUGUAGGAAGUAACCGUGAUCGAGAGAUUAGCAUGUCUGUAGGUCUGGGAAGGUCACAGUUAGAUUCCAAAGGAGGAGUAGUUGGUGGGACCAUCGAUGUCAAUGCUUUGGAGAUGGUUGCUCAUAUUUCUGAACAUCCAAAUCAGCAACCCAGCCACAAAAUACAGAUUACCAUGGGUUCUACUGAAUCUCGGGUUGAUUACAUGGGCUCAAGUAUCCUUAUGGGUAUCUUCAGCAAUGCUGAUCUUAAGCUUCAGGAUGAAUGGAAAGUGAACUUAUAUAACACCCUGGAUUCAAGCAUGACUGAUAAAAGUGAGAUUUUUGUGCAUGGAGACUUGAAGUGGGAUAUUUUCCAAGUAAUGAUAUCAAGAUCAACCACACCAGACUUGAUAAAAAUAGGAAUGAAACUCCAAGAAUUUUUCACACAACAGUUUGAUACCAGCAAACGAGCUCUGUCGACCUGGGGACCUGUUCCUUAUCUUCCACCCAAGACCAUGACUAACAACCUGGAGAAAAAUUCACAAGAGCAGUUGCUCGAUGCUGCGCACCACCGACAUUGGCCUGGGGUGUUGAAGGUGGUAUCUGGAUGCCAUAUAUCCUUAUUUCAGAUACCAUUGCCAGAAGAUGGGAUGCAGUUUGGAGGAUCCAUGAGCUUACAUGGGAAUCACAUGACCCUGGCUUGUUUUCAUGGCCCAAAUUUCCGUUCAAAAUCCUGGGCCCUUUUUCAUUUAGAAGAACCAAAUAUUGCCUUUUGGACUGAAGCUCAGAAAAUCUGGGAAGAUGGCUCUAGUGAUCAUUCUACAUACAUUGUUCAAACACUGGAUUUUCAUCUGGGUCAUAAUACCAUGGUUACCAAACCAUGUGGUGCUCUGGAAAGUCCCAUGGCAACAAUAACCAAGAUAACAAGGCGUCGCCACGAAAACCCACCUCAUGGAGUAGCGAGUGUAAAAGAAUGGUUCAACUAUGUCACUGCCACAAGGAACGAAGAGCUAAACUUACUUCGUAAUGUUGAUGCUAAUAACAUGGAGAACAGUACUACUAUGAAGAAUUCUAGUUUGUUGAGUGGAUUCAGGGGAGGUUCCAGCUACAAUCAUGAAACAGAGACUAUCUUUGCAUUGCCAAGGAUGCAGCUUGAAUUUAAAUCAAUUCAUGUUCAAGAACCACAGGAGCCUUCAUUACAAGAUGCCAACUUGAAACCCAAGGUGGAAUGCAGUGUGGUGACAGAGUUUACUGACCACAUUUGUGUGACUAUGGAUGCUGAGCUCAUCAUGUUUCUCCAUGACCUGGUGUCAGCCUAUCUGAAAGAAAAAGAAAAGGCCAUUUUUCCACCUCGGAUUCUAUCCACUCGACCAGGACAAAAGAGUUCAAUUAUUAUGCAUGAUGAUAAUUCCUCUGACAGAGACAGAGAAGACAGCAUCACUUACACCACUGUGGACUGGAGAGACUUUAUGUGCAACACAUGGCAUUUGGAGCCUACUCUCAGAUUAAUUUCUUGGACUGGAAGAAAGAUUGAUCCAGUAGGUGUUGAUUAUAUUCUUCAAAAAUUGGGCUUUCACCAUGCCAGGACUACUAUUCCUAAAUGGCUUCAGAGAGGUGUGAUGGACCCACUGGACAAGGUGUUGUCUGUUCUCAUCAAAAAACUUGGCACUGCACUGCAGGAUGAAAAGGAAAAGAAAGGAAAAGACAAAGAAGAACACUAGAAUAGUAGCUUGAUCUGUGAAAAACCUGAUUGUGUCCGUUAAGUUUUAUUACACUGGAUUUCUUUUUCAGCAUAACUUUAAAUAUUACUUUAAAUAAUUCUAAUUUUGUGACUAUUAUUGUAACAGUUUGUAAGUUAAUCUGUUUAUUCUAGUUCUACCAUUCUGUAUACAGUAAAGUAGUGCAUGAAAAUAUAAAUUUUAUGGAAAACUACAUAAAAUAUACACAUAAAAUUUAUGAUUGUUUUAUGUGCAAUAUGAUUCUGCAUUUAAAAUAUUUGCAGAGUAACUGUGAAUUUUUUUGUUAUUGGCCAUAACUUUUAGAAAAACUCUUGUUGAUAAUGUGAUUGGGGGGAUCAUUUUUUUAUGUAGACUUGUAUAAAUACCUAUUUGUAUAUAAUUUGAGUAAUUGUGAUGAUUGUAUACAACAAAAAUGUUGUUUGUAACUAUUGUAAUAAAGUCACAAUAAUGGCUUCA